AUGGAUACAUCGACAGUUUUUCAAUCUAGUUUCUCGAUACGUUCGCUGCUGGCGGAUGACAACAACAAUAGCAACAACAACAAGCACUCGAGUCCUGCCUCAUCCUCCUCCGCCUCCUCCUCCUCGGAUGAUGCAACGCCAACAAACUCUCAAUCAAAAUCGAAUGAGAAGCCAGCUUUCACAUACAGCGCAUUGAUUGUGAUGGCCAUAAGACGAAGUCCCGAGCAGCGUUUGACAUUGAGCGGCAUUUGCAAAUGGAUUGCCGAUAAUUUUGCCUACUAUCAGAAUCACAAAAGUGUGUGGCAGAAUUCCAUACGCCACAAUUUGAGUUUGAAUCCGUGUUUUGUGCGUGUGCCGCGUGCUUUGGAUGAUCCAGGACGUGGUCACUAUUGGGCAUUGGAUCCGUAUGCCGAUGAUUUGACCAUUGGUGAGACAACGGGACGUUUGCGACGCACCAACAACCACAGCAACCACAGC